UUCCAAUAGUCCCAGGACAUCCUGUAGAAUCUAUACGCCUUAAAAAACUAAGGUCAAGAGUUGAAGAGUUAGUUGGAGUAUCGAAUUUCCCUGGUGCGCAACCAACUAGUUUCUGUUCCAAGCAAAUACAAGAAUUGAAAAAUGAAGAUUAUUAUGUUUGUGAGCAAACAGACAGAACACUUGUAUUAGCUUAUAUUACAUGUGAUAGUCCUGGGAACCCAGCUGUUUUUUUG